GAAAAAAAUCCAAAGGAAACUGAAUCCUACGAAAUUCCUUCAAGAAUCCUUCAAUCCAAAGGGGAGAGGUCUCGAUUAUACCCUCGCCUCAUCCAGACGCCGAACCGAGAGCGGGGGGCGCGGGGUAGGUAGCGCACGGCGGCCACUGAUUCGAGCAAGCCGGAGGCGGCGGCGAAGGAGGCAGCGCCUCUGGGGCGGAGUAGCGCGUCAAGGUGCUGCCCAAGCCCGAGGUCGACAUGGAGUACUUCCCCCGGAGGAGGAAUCUGGAGGAUCUGUGGUGGUCUGCUUUUCCUAUUGGGACUCAGUGGGAAAGCAUUGAUAAGAUAAAUGAAUUCAAUUGGAACUUCGAAAAUUUAGAGAAAAUACUAGAGGAAGGGGGGGAACUAUAUGGGAAGACGGUUUACUUGUUUGGAGGCACCGAGCCACAACUAUUGGAUGUUAAUGGUGAAUGGAAGAUAGUACUUGUUCCUGUUGUAGUUGUUGUUGACUGUCCUUUUCCUCCAUCAGAUAAGAUUGGCAUAAAUUUUGUUCAAACGGGAAAAGAAGAAAUAGUACCAAUGAAAGAGAUGAAGAUGGCAUGGGUGCCUUAUGUUCCUCUUGAGGACCGGUUUGUCAGGAUUGAAAGUUUGAAAACAAAAAUCUUCACUCUCUGUUGCACCCAGCGGAGGUCUGCACUGAAGCAUAUGAAAACUGAGAGAGCCAACAAGUUCUACUACUGCAUGCCCUAUUACAUGCCACUAAAUCCUCCUGAAGAUGAAGAUGGCACAGCUGUCACCGCCAUAUAUCCUCUAGACCCCCCGAUAUUUUGUGAUUUUUACUUGGAAUUGGAUGAUUACGAGGUUUUAGCUGCUAGGAUAGUCAGAGAUGAGGGGUUGCCAGAGGAUGAGGGGGAAAAAAUUGAGGAAUUUCUAAAGGAGAAGGCUAAACAAAGGGAAAUAGAAGUGGAACAGGCUGAAGAAACCAGGAAGAAAGCUAUUGAAGAUAUGGACCCUAAGCAAAGAGAGGCAUUUGAAAACAUCAAAUUUUACAAAUUCUAUCCUGUGAAAACCCCGGAUACACCUGGUGUUAACAUUGUGAAGUCGAGAUACAUCAACAAAUAUUAUCUCAACGCACAUUAUCUGAUGUAAUGGUGUUCCUGAUGUCACAUGUUUGCUAAACUGUGAUUGACUAAUCUAUCCAACUCGAAGAGUUCUUGUUAUAGAAGUUUCUGGAAGCUGGGUAGAUCAGCUUGGUGACAUAAGAGUGUAUAUAGUCUCGUGUUAGUCCAUUAGAUACAAUGUUGCAUCUGAACUCAGUUGUAAUAGAGCUACUGUCACUUGUCUGGACAACCCCGUAGGCAUCUGAACUCUCUUUUCUGUGUUUAAGCAUGGAUUAUUGUGUAGUCCGUCCGGUAUUGGAUUGUACGGGAAAACAAUGGAUCCAUGUCCGGUAUAGCUAGUAUUGUGUCUUAGUAGCUGUUAGGGGUGCAGAUUAGGUUCUUUAGGGUACGGUUUUGGUGAAGUUGCUGGUAUUUGAACCAAUGAAAUCAAUUCUCUUGUA